AUGGAUGUUAUGGAAGUUGAAAAUUCGGAGCUAAGGUCCAAAGUUUCCCAUGUUCAGCAUGCUCCGAAUAACUUGACAAACACAUCUAAUCAGGUGGGAGAUAUAGUUGUUCUAAAAAGUAUCAUUAGGCCAACAGAAACAGUUGCAAUCGGAGUACUUAAAAGCACAGACGCAUCUAAAGAAGUAGAAGGGGAAGAACUAGGACCUGACUAUUGGGAGGUACAUGUUCAAGUGCCAAUCAAACCUAAUGAGAGCUUGAUCCGAUCAUAUGGACUUGUCAAAACAAUUGGACAAGCUAUUGGAGCUCAUGUUGCUUGGCCUGCUCCAUUUGUGAUUUCACAAGUUAUGGAUGCUAGCCGAGAAUAUUUAUACAAGUGAGGUCGAGAAUUUGGGAACUAAUUUUUUUUUUGAUAAUUUUUCUCUCCGGAAUAUGCAUAUCACUAUGGCUUUUCAGAACUUAUGGUCAGAAUAAUUUUGUUUUAAAU